GGCCCUAGCUCACUGCCUCGUCGGGUGGCCAGGGCAAUAAGGGCUUCACCUCAGACACCCAGCAGCGGCGGCAGUUGCGCGCUGACCACCAGCGUGAUUGCGAGCACGAUGGCAGAAGCGCUUGAGGAAAUCGAUGAAGCAAUAGUGGCCGGCGCCGACAUUGUGGAGCUAAGAAUCGAUUUCCUCAGGGAUUUCAUUGCAGCGCGAGAUGUUCGCGUUUUGCUUGAUGCUUGUUCGGUUCCCUGCAUCGUGACCUACCGGCCGACUUGGGAGGGAGGCCAAUAUAAAGGCGACGAGCAGCAUCGGCUUUCAGUUCUCUGGACCGCAGUAGAACUCGGUGCCGCGUAUGUUGAUUGCGAGCUUCGUGCGGCCGGACACUUCUUCGCUGCAGCUCCGAAUGGCGUCCGUGAGCGUUCGACAACAAAGAUUAUCCUCUCGAGCCAUAAUUAUGACGACGUGCCCUCAGAAGUGGAACUCGACGAGAUUCAUGCACAGUGUGUCGUUGCGGGCGCAGAUAUUGUCAAGAUCGCUGCCAUGGUGAAAGAUAUCACACAAAUCGCCCGGUUGGAAAACCUUUUGGCCAGAGCGAAAUCUGCCACGGGGCAUAAAACAAUAGUACUUGGGAUGGGGGAGGCCGGUCAGGUAUCUCGCCUGCUCGCCGCCAAGUUUGGCAGUUUUUUGACUUUUGGGGCUCUUCGUUCUGGCGCCGAGUCUGCACCAGGGCAACCUACUCUUUCACAGCUUCGAGACAUAUAUCGCCUUCAGAAGCAAAGCACCAACACAAAAGUUAUGGGCGUCAUUGGAAACCCAAUAUCGCAGAGCAAAUCCCCUGUCCUGCACAAUAUAUCUUUGGAAGCGGCAGGCCUCGACGCGUGCUAUGUUCCGCUCCUAGUAAGUGACAUACGCAAAUUCCUCUCGACGCCCCUUUUUGUGAGUGAUUCUUUUACGGGUUUCAGUGUCACUAUACCCCACAAGGAAAGCGCCGUUAUGUGUUGCGAGGAGCUUGACCCUGUUGCCAAGAAAAUAGGUGCCGUCAACACACUUGUGCGACUGCCAAAUGGAAAGUUCAAGGGUUACAACACUGAUUACAGCGCCGCCGUCAGAGCUAUUGAGCGGGCGUAUACUUCACAUCUUGAUGGAGACAUGCGUGAUUCAGAAACGAUACUGCGUGGGAAAACGAUUGUUGUGGUCGGGGCUGGUGGCGCUGGCCGCAGCUUGGCAUUCGGUGCUGCAUUCAAGGGGGCAGGAAAAAUAAUCAUUGCCAAUCGCAGCUUUGAACGAGCUAAGGCCCUUGCUGCUGCAUGCGGUGGCGAGGCCGUUGCGCUCGACGAACUACGCGAUGGUGCAUUGAAAGGCGAUGUUCUUGCGAAUACUACAUCCCUCGGAAUGUACCCAGACAGUGUUGAUGAAACCCCUGUGCCGAAGGAAGCCCUUCAGGCUGCUGGAUUCAAAGUCGUGUUUGAUGCUGUGUACAACCCCCUCGAAACUCGUUUGCUACGGGAAGCCAAGGAAUGUGGAUGUACCCAAGCGAGUGGUCUGGACAUGUUUGUUGGUCAGGCAGCGCAACAGUUUGAACUUUUCACAGGCAAGAAAGCAGCAGAAUCUUUGAUGCGCAAGGCUGUGCUAGCUGAUAUGGGGCUUGACUAUCUUGUAAACCCGUGAUUCGUGUCGUAGACUCCACGUGAUGACUGCCGAAGACAUGAAGUAUUGGCUUGUGCUGAUUCGGGCUUGAGUGAAAAUUUGAGUGGUAUUUCUUUCAGUCAGCAACAGAUGUUUGACAGAAGAAUAUUUCAGGUCUCGUGCAUAUUGUCGCGUUUUCGUUUGUCAAGCGCUUCAUUCCUUAUUGUUGAAUUGUGCAUUGCUUGGCUUUUAUCGACAUGUCCAGCCGAGUCGUUGUUCGAUCAGAUUCCCAGCCGAGUCGUUGUUCGAUCAGAUUCCGCUUCAAAACUUACUCUCAUAAUCAAAGCAAAAAUGUCAUGGCCGGCGUCUUGAUGACUGGCGUACAUCCUUGGCAUACUCACCUAGCUAGGUAACCCAAUCGCCGAUCUUCCAGGGUAUUUGCACCUUACAUCACCAUGCCGCCAUCGAUGUUGAACACUUGGCCGGUGACGUAGGCAGCUGCUGGAUCUAAAGCCAGGAACUUGACCAAACCGGCAACCUCGUCCGGUUGGCCAUAUCUUCCAAGCGGAAUUGACUGCAAUAUUUUUGCCUCGACAGCUUCGCCUAGUUCAGCCGUCAUAUCAGAUGCGAUAAAUCCAGGAGCGACAGCGUUGCAAUUGAUAUUUCGACCGGCAUAUUCUCGUGCUAUAGUUUUCGUCAGUCCGAUGACACCGGCUUUAGCAGCAGCAUAGUUUGCCUGCCCGGCAUUUCCAGUGAGACCAACAACUGAUGUUAUGUUGAUGAUUCGGCCCUGAACUGGUUUUUUCUUUCCCAUCGCCUUUGUCCCUGCCUGACAGCACAUAAAGACGCCAGUCAGGUUGCAAUCGAUGACUUCUUGCCACUGGUGCAUCUUCAUUCGCAUCAUCAAAGUGUCGCGAGUAAUGCCAGCGUUGUUGACAAGGACAUUGACUUCACCAAAGGCAUCGACCGCUUCUUUAAACAGGUUGGCAACGUCAGCUUCAAUAGCGACGUUGGCUUGUACGCAAAUCGCGUCACCUCCCGCUGCUUUAAUCUGGUUAGCCACGUCUUCUGCAGGACCGGAUGAUGCGGCGUAGUUAAUGACUACGCGGGCACCUGCCUUACCCAGUGCAAGGGCAAUAGCAGCGCCGAUCCCACGAGAUGCACCGGUGACGAUGCAGACUGGACCUGGAGGAAAGAAAAUCACAAAUGAAUAGAACUAUAGAUGCUGCACGAUGCAAACCUUCAGCGGAUGCGAAAAUGGGCAGUGAUUGUCGCCUUGUUGUGGCGAACGCUUCGAUUUUUCGGGGCACUGCGACGUGGCCACGCCCCCGAGAGGAAAAUGUUGCGCACGUCCUGCUCGACCUGUUGCUUCGGGUAUUCGCUGCGAGAUACAAUUAUAAGCACGUGGCGGUGUUUGGAAAUGUGCAGCCAAACGACAAUGCACGUCGAGGCAAUAAAAUCGAAGUCUGUUACGAUGGGAGGUUGAUCGCCAAACACUCACCUCGAACCGUGCAUGGCAAGAUAGAGGCCCGACAAGGUUUUGGGAAACGCGUUACGGCGGAGCGUGAAACCGCGGCUGCAGUAGAAGAAAUGAUUGCGGUGGUUGCCAUUACUGAUGAGGUCGUGUUCAAAAGGGUCGCAAUUAUUACACGAAAGGUUCCACAAAGAACUGUUCGCACCUCGGUUGUACCUUGUUGUAUUCAGAGACGCCGAUAUCCAACUGACGAGAAGAAUAACCCUAUCUAAUACCUUCGAGGUACAUGCAUAUAUACGAAGUAAGGUACGAAUGAAGGAAGGUACAGUGAGUAUCUGAUAUAUCGAGCCGAAAACUUGAUUGAUUAUGGGAAAGAAAAAAAUACCUUCGAACGAAGGUAUGAAGUAAGGUAAAAUUUUUCGGCUGUUAAUAUGAUAAGUAUUCUGAAUUUCAUUAUUACGAAGGUAUAAGAUAGCUAGAUAGGGUGAGGCACUUUUAUCGAUAACUGAUAACAAUAAGAACAUUUAAAAGCACCUUAUAUUAUCAUU